GGAAUUCCCUGUCGGGGAGCUCACACUUCGUGGCCAUUGUUUCCGGGCCCCUUGCUGAGCACCAUGUCCUUAAUGUUCCUCCACACCGGCUGAUGACAGUCUCCUGUUCAUGGCUAAGUAUUGGUCCAGAGCAGGUGCCCAGGAGAAUUCCCCUGGCUCACACUGAGUCCCACUGAGCACAGUGCCUGCCUUGUGGUGUCCAGAGGACAGAAGGGUGGGGUGGGUAAGGGCAGGCUGUAAGGGUAAAGACUGGGAGCAGGACAUCCAGAUGUCCCCAUGUAGGGAGCUGGCAGAGCUGAAGACCCCAAGCCCCACUUUAGUCCUGAUGACUCCAGCCCCACACCAGGAAGUAGCCGAGGUCAUGGGGACCCUGACUGCCCACUUCCCUGUUGCUGGGACACCUUUGUCCCUGUCAACAAUGGCCCCGGGGCCUUGGUGGUCGGAGACUCUGAGAAGCAGAGGCAGACAUGGAGAACCUGAGGCGGGAGGCCUCCCAGCCCUUUGUCUCCUCGGGCACCCUGGAACUCUACUUCCCUGCCCCUCUAUACAGCAAUGACUACCUGUCCCUGGAGGGGCCCCGCUGGGCGCCAGCCGUCAAGCAGGCCACGCGCUGGAAGUUCACGCCCAUGGGACAGGACGCGGCCGGCCAGGUGUGGUUCACCGGCCUGACCAACUCGCAGCCGCGCGAGGCCUGGUACAUGCUGCCCAACGCGCUCGACAGCCCGUACCGCGAGGCCCACGCGCGCUGGCACGGUUGCUUCGACAGUCGCCAGCGCGGGCUGCCCUCCGCCUACACGCAGCACCUGCGGGAGACGGCCUUCUGGGACCCCACGCUGCCUGCGCAGUACCUGAGCGCGGGCACGCGCUGGGGGUGCGUGCCCUGGAGGGACAGGCACGUGCGCGGCAAGGAGUUCGUGGUCAACAGGAACCAGUUUGGGACGGAGCAGCCCAAGCGGUCCAACUACGUGCCCGACCUGUCGCCGCCACAGCGGCCGCGCUACACCUCGCAGGACUUCAGGCAGCGCGGCGGGCAGCGCCCCUGCCCGGCCACCGGGCAGCCGCCCCCGGCCUUCACGCCCUCGCUCUGA